UCCUCAUCAAAGACAUUAAGAGGAAAGGAAAGAUGGAUAGAUAAGCGAGUCUUGUAUAGCGCAUAGCCAUUAGUCAAGCCUGCGUGCCCCUAAUUGCCAAACAGGAUUCGCUGAUUGUUUUGUUGUGUAAAGAAACUCUACGCUGGGGUGUUCUGUGUCAUUCGGUUGCCUGUGGAAUGGUGCGCGGUAGCGGUGAAGAGCUGAUACCUCUUUAUUACCUCUUCAUUCAAGAGCUUAGUUGUUGUCCGACAAGUGCUGUGACAGUGUACUUGAUGAGUCACUUAAAAUAAAUUUAAAUUUGGCUCUUGAGGACAAAUUGUUUCGACAGCGGGAUUUCGCCAGUCAAUCCACCCGAUAUCUUUUAUAGCUGACCUCAAUUUUCGCCAACUGAGGGUCAAAUGCAAGCGAUUCAGGAAUGGCUGCGAAGGUUAGUGGGAUUAUCGUGCAACUCAUAGUUGUGUGGAUUAUGCAAGCUUGUUGUUCAUCAUGCGGCGACCACCUUCAAGGUAGUUCCGGAGACCUCCGUUUUCCGAUAAGCGGAGGACAUGUCGGCGAAAGUCUGCAGUGUACAUGGACAAUAACAGUGCCAGAGAGGCUUCGCGUGAAAAUUACGUUCACGGACUUUGUUAUGAAAACAUCAUGUUGCUCGUGUAUACAUGAUUUCUUAGAAAUUCGCGAUGGAUCGCUUGACAAUUCGACACUCAUCGGACAAUUUUGUGCCAAGAGGGAACCUAAAUAUGUGUUCUCCACUGGAAAUGUAAUAUGGAUUCAAUUUGCUUCCAAUUUUCGUACCUACAGUGGGAAUCGCUUUCGGCUGUCAUGGGAGUCUGUAUGUGGGAGCCAUUUCACGAAGACCACAGGCAGCUUUACUUCGCCCGGCUAUCCACUACCUUACCAAAACAACAAAGAUUGCAUCUACAGUAUUGAUGUACCUAAAGGAAGAAUUAAAGUAAAGUUCGAGAGCUUUAACGUCGAAGGUCGAAUGCCUGUUUGUUUAUACGAUUUUCUGGAAGUGAAAGAAAUCGGAUACUUCAAACUCUCAAGUAGUCAAGCGGAGUCUCGAGGGCGUCGCUAUUGCGGCAAUGAAAAACCGCCUAUUAUUUACUCAACAAGGGGUAGCAAUCUGUGGUUUAGGUUUAAGAGCGACCUCUCUGGUGGGCAAUCGGGAUUCGUAGCGAAUUACCGCACCAUUUCAGCUGGAGAGGGUACGUGUGGAGGCACUCUAAGUGAUCCGUCAGGCUUCAUUUACUCUCAAAAUUACCCGUAUCACUUUCCACCCGGGCAAGAAUGCGUGUGGAAAAUAAGGGUGGCUUCUGACAUGCAUGCGCAUUUAUACUUUGACACCUUGAACUUCGGUGUUAAAAACGAUGGAGUCUGUGACGAUGGCUUUUUGGAGAUUUACGAUGGGCUAGAUGAUUCCUCUCAUAAACUUGGCAUGUAUUGUGGGGAAUUAAUGCCUAGCAAAAUUAUUUCUAGGACAAAUCAGUUGAUGAUCAAGGUGGUGUCCAAGCUCGAAGGGGAAGAUAUUGGAUGGUUUUCCUUGCGUUAUGAGUCAUCUGCCAGGAGUGUCUGUGGGCGGCAGAAGUUUACCUGUGUCAACCGUCAGUGUGUUGAGAGUCACACCACAUGCAAUGGUGAAAAAGAGUGCGACGAUGGUUCUGAUGAGCAGGAUUGUCCUGAAACUGAAGAACCUGAAGAACCUGGUUUCCUUUCCUGGUACAGAUUCUGGCCUGUCAGCAUCGUAGGGGGGAUGCUUAUAGUAGGUGUCUGGCUUUGGAGGGCAUGGAAAAAAAUAGCAGCUGCCCGAUCUGAAGUGGGUGAACACCAUGCCACAACUCUGUCGCCAAGUGAUAUUGAAAUGGUCUCACAUACAGCUGAAGAAGCCCCCAAACCCCCAAGUUACAGUGAGGCUGUUGCACAAGAAUAUAGGCCUCCACCAAGUUAUGAGGAAGCCCUUCGAGAAGAAGACGGCCCACAACGCAACACAUCAGAAACAGAUCAUUCAGAGGCAGCCAGGGUUAAUUCUGACUUAUGUAAUGGCAUUGUGACAUCACCUGGAAAUGCAUCUCAUGCCGCUUCCAUGGUAGUAUAUGAGAGGUACUCAUCUAGUAAUGGCUCUCCAUAUGACACUCACAGAAGACGAGGACCUGCCAAUCAAAGAGUUUAGCAUUCAGAAUAAUUUUCUGUUCACAAAUUCACAGAGGAUAAAAGUUAGCAACAAAACAUUAGUGUGACUAAUGCCAUAUGGCCAUGAUCAUAGCAAGAGAUCUGAACCCAAGAUUGUUAGAUUGUUGAGCUCUGGGUUGAUGAUAGCACAAAACCAUGGAAUUUUCACUGUUCAGAGAAUUAACAUUUCAUGUGACCAUCACCAGUGUGAAAUCACAGUCUUGUGCUUCAAAAUCUUGCUUUGAUUGGUAGUAAAGUGUAUAAUGACACAGCUGAAGGCAUUGCAUUGUUCUUUAGAAGCUUAAUCAUUAACAAAUUGAUUGGUGAAUGGUAAAUGUGAGACUUAGCAAGAAGGCAAGACUGGCAACUUUUUUUGUGAGCCCGAGACAUUUUGAAUUUUUAAAUUGUGAGACUGAGACUUCACUGUUUAAAAUUCAAGUGUGAGAUAUUCAGACUCUAAAGCAUUCAGAUUUCAUAUAUUGAACAAACAAAGAAAUUAGGAAUUUAAGACUUUCUUAGCCUUCCUAAAAAUUGAGACUAUAAGACAGCUUUGUGAAAAAAAUAAAGACUGUGAGAUGCCCAUAGCCACUAAAAGACUGGACUGCUAGACCUGUGGAACUUGACAAAAAUUUUGCAAGAACCAUGGUUUUUGAAGAACCAUUCACCACCCCGAUAAAGGCUGCGUAAAAUUUGGUGUAAAAUUUGGCAUAAAAUACAUCAUAUUCGAUAAGUGAUUAAUGGUAGCCGAUGUACAUCAUCAGAGAAACUGUAGACUAGAUGGUUUGAUUAACCAUUCACCUGUAUAGUUUCAAUAUAAAACUCAACUGGUGUGACGUCACUGCCUGUUUCUUGAAUCAGUAGCUUUACCUUAUUCCUAUACCUUUCACAAAGUUAACAUCACAAAAAUGUUGGAAAUAAUCCGCACUACAAAUGUACUUCUCAAAAGCUUUCAUGUGAAUGGUCAUACACUACACCUACAGAAUCUAAAGUAAGAACCACUUUGGAAGUACUACUCAAUGUCUUUCAUUUGAAUGGUCUAAUAACCAAACUUACCACUUAGAAUCAGUCAUUGCCUCUGAGGUAUUGACUCUUCCAAGUGAAGAGCUUAUAACAACCUUGAUCAGCUAUCAAUUCUCCUUGUUGUUUACAUUUCAUUUAUAAUAUUCCUUCCUUUGGAGAAUUUGCUUCCUAAUUCAUGAAGUCUUUCUUGUGAUCAUGGAGUUUGUCAUUCUCAUAACCUGCUAAAUUGGAUAAUAGGACAAAGUUGUUGGGAGAAGUUAUCAUUUUAUCAGGUUGUUAUAAGGUUAAUUCUGAAUGAGGUGAUGGGUGAUGUCAGUAAUGUUUUUGAAAAAGACAUACAAUAAAAGGGGAAAAUUUUCCUGCUGAAGUAGCGGUUGUUCUGUUUUGCGGUCAUGUGUUUGAGUUUUGUUUUAAAAGUUAUUGGUGUGGGACCCUAGGGAAAUGAUCUGUAUACUGACCAUUAAAGCCUCGUUGAGCCUGAUUGAGUCCUGGCCAAAUGAACUCAUAAGUAGUUGUAAGUUGCUGUUAAGUUGAGCUUGCCUAGAGACUUGUGAUGGGUGGCCAAACAGACUCACAAGUUUCCUCGCAAGUACACAAAAGUCGCAAAAAAAACCAUUUCAAGGCUACAGGCUGUAGUCAUAUCCUGUAGUUCAUUAGCUAAUAGGUUGCUAACACAAUGUAGGGACGUCACUCAACUUGCAUUGACUUGGUUUGGUUGGCCAAACAGUAAAAAAUUUGAUCUUGACCAAAGAGAGUGCAAGUCAUAGCAAGUGAAGGCAAGUGCACGCAAGGCCUGGCCAAACUCACUUGCAAGUAAAAGCUUGUGACUUUUUGCGAGUCUGUUGGGCCAGGGAUUUAGGUCUUGGUCAUGCAUGAAAACAUUCAAACAAAUCCAGAAAUCCAGCACCUCUCAUUAUGCUUCACCACCACUAUUAAAUGUCCAAAGUGUUUUUACACCUCCUUUUAAAUAUCUUUUUCCACUGGGAAAACCAUUCAUUCACUUGGGACAUUGCAAAUACUUCGUCUCUAUACUGAUAUUAAAAUGCUAUACAAAUUGAAAAAUUACUAGAAAUACUUAUCUUUA